GCGGCGACCGUGAUUUCCGGGUUUGGUGUUGCCGUGGGAAGGCGUGUGCCGAGGAGACUAGUUGGAAAUGACGGGAGCUGAAACCGGAUUCCUGAUCACAUAUCUAAACAAAACCAACGGGGCAUAAGGCACACAGCUUGGACACUGCGAUUUAGGGUUGGGCUCGAUGGAGGCGAUCAGGAGCGCAGUGACUCCACGUGCACCGGCGCCGGUGAAGCGCGUGUCUGAGGUGGACUUCCGCUCCGGCACGGUGCUUGAGCAGCUGGCCUCGCACGUGCAGGAACUGGUGCAGCUUGAGCAAGGCGAGUUUGGGGACCAGACUGCACUGGAGGUGCACACAGCCAAAGACUUCAUCUUCAACAUGCUUGGCCUGGUCCAGAAGGUGGACAAGAGGCUCCCAGUCGCAAACGAAUACCUGUUAUUGUCAGGUGGAGCCAGAGAGGGUGUUCUUGAUCUGAACCCAGAGGAGCUGGGUGACUAUGUCAGAGGUGUGGACUUUGACUUGGACUUCACGCUUCUGGUGCCUGCCCUUAAACUGCACGACCGCAAUCAACCGGUAACUCUGGAUAUGCGCCAGUCUCCGCCGUGCCACUCCUGGCUCAGUUUGCGGCUUUGCGACCCAGCCAUGCUAGCCCGGUGGGGUAUCUGCUGCGAAGAUGAACCUAACAUUCAGCGCCAGGAAGAUGGUGAAGAGGAAGAAGGUGGUUCCAUAUUGGGCUCAAUUCCCUCCCUCCACUCUCCACAGUCUUUGGACGGAUGUUACUUCUCACCCCUGCUGGUCACAGAAUGGUUCUGGAAUGUAGUGGGCACAGCGGUGGAGGAGCUAAAGCGCCACCCUCAGAGAGGGAUUCCAGUUCCUGAUCGCGUGGAACGCAAUGGACCUUUGACCACGCUGAUCCUCAAAGCAGGCACCAGCCGUGUCCUCUAUGAUCUCUUGCCCGUUGUGUCGUUUCGAGGCUGGCCAGCUGUAGCGCAAAGCUGGCUCACUACCAACCACUUCUGGGAUGGAAAGAUCACUGAGGAGGAGGCAAUCAGUGGGUUUUAUCUCCUGCCUUGCUGCUCUCCAACAGCUGGCACCGCUUCCAGACCAGACCGCGAAUGGAGACUGGCCUUUUCCCGGAGUGAAGUCCAAUUGAAGAAGUGCGUGCCUUUUCCUAUGGCCGCAGCCUUCCAGGCAGCCAAAGCUGUUGUGUCCAGACUUUUGGCACGUCCCCGUACUGGUCUUAGCCUUUACCACCUGCGCACCCUACUCUUUUGGGCUUGUGAUCGCUUACCUGCGGCCUACUUGAGCUGUUCAGAGCAAGAGACGCCAGCCCGUCUGUUUCUGGGUCUCCUAGAUGACCUGGCACACUGCGUGCUGGGUAAAAACUGCCCUAACUAUUUCCUCCCCCAGUACAACAUGUUGGAACAUCUUACUGACGACGCAGCCCUACUGGUGGCCCGGAAACUAGCACACUUGCGCUCGGAUCCAGCUGAACAUUUGCGUGCGGCACUGGAGCAAGCUCGGCAGGCGUGCCAGUUGAAACGAGAAGCUGCUGGAACGAGUAACGGUCACGGGGCAUCAUCGCCAAGCUCCGGCCCUUCCAAAGCCACCUCCCCGCAAGAUGACCGUCUAGCCCAGAGACUCCAGCAACUGGUUACAGAAAACCCUGGCAAGUCUAUUUCGGUCUUCCUUAACCCAGAUGACGUUACGAGACCACACUUCCGCAUCGACGAUAAGUUCUACUGAAACGGAGGAGCCCCAGCAAGAGCACUAUACACUGCCUGAGGAAAAAAUAACGCCCCUCCUUCUUCCUUAGCCACCGAGGUAAAGCUAAUAUUCAAAGUUAAGAGCACACCCACACACACUCCUUCACUGUGCAUUGUGCUGUACUGUAUUAAACCCCUCACAUGCAGGCUGGGCACAAUCAGUGAUCUAUUUUGGCCAACGCUACAGUCUGCAAGCCAGCUCUGCGAAAUAUGAUUAAGCUGCUACUAGAGAGACCAUCUGUCCCAAAUCAAGUCUGCUGUCAGCUACAUGGCUGUUGCUACCAAAAGAAAAAAAAAAAAUCACCAAAUGGAGGAAGGCACAAGAGCGGCUGUUUUGGGAUCUUGUAUGCUAUUUGAUGAGAGGCCUUGAAGCUGUAUUGCUCAGUGAAAUCUUAAUCCUGCAAUCUGUAUUGGAUUAUAAUAUCUUGCACAGCUCGAAACACUAGUUCAGUUAAGGGAUUUCAAUCCUGCUACAUAAUGCUGAGGAUCUUUUUUUUUCUUUCUGUUAUACUUGUAAGCAGGAAGGUGGGCAAUGUUCUAAUCCAAGGUAUAUUUCAAGUCGCUGGAUGUUGAAUGUUUUUAUUGCAAAGAAAUUUGAUGGACUUUAACAUCGAGUAUGAUUUUCUUCACUCCUCAACUUUUAUCUCUUAAUCAUCUCGUUCUCUUUCUCAGGUACAUUUUUGUUGCGAAGAUGAAGGCAUUUCCAGUGUGUAUGGUAUUGCCUCUGUGCCUCCUACUAUUUUAUGUGUCUCAAAUGACAGACAACAGUUAAAAGGCAGCCUUAGGCUUGCAAGCCAUGAUGGCUAGGUGAUAAGAGAGAGGUUGAGAUAAAGGUCUAGUGAGUCUCCAGUGCAUUACUUUAAGUCAGCCUGUCUUACACAAGACUAGACUGAGCCCCAUAACUGCACUAAAGCUAUAUUUAGGAAAAGCCACAGGCCUGAAGCUUUUCAGAACUUUAGUUUUCUUACAACAGCAUCAGGAAUUGGUGCAUUAUUGACACAUUUUUUUUUUUUGUUUACUUGCAUUCAAUAUGUUUAAUCUACCACAGAGCAAAACUCUGCCAGUGGCACAAAUAAAGAAGCUCUGAUCUGACUGCUCUGAAGAAGAAAUGUCAAUAGUUCUGCCUGUCAAAAGAUAAUUCACUAAAUUUGGUAAUGUGUCCUAUAAUUGUGUGUGAUGAUUGUUGGUUUAGCUUUUGACAUUGAUUUGCUGAUUUGCUCUCAGCUUGGUGCUUGAUUAUACUGUAUUAUCUACAAUAUGGAUAUAUGAUCGUAAAUUACAUGCUUCAUUUUUUUUUUUUUUUUG